AUGACAGAUUCACAAAUUCUCCUUCCAAUAAUGACAAUUAAAGGACAUGAAAUGGACAAUACAUUACAAAUGGAUGAAUCAGUAGAUAAUGAAAAUUAUAUCGGUGAUUCUUGCGAAAAUUUAGAUGAAGUCAACAUAUCAUUCAUGUCAAAUGAUCAAUCACAGAAGGUAACCAAUCAGCAUGAAUUCGAACAUCACGAAACUCUUGAUCAACAUCAGUUCAGUGUUCAACAUUCUCCUUGUAAUCUUGAAAAUGAAAACAACCAUGUGAAAAAUAAUUCUGACGAAACACUAUCUAAUAAUAAUAAUAAUACGACUGACAUUAAAAUGGAUACAACGGAUGACAUAAAAAAAGAUGAUAACUCUAUGAAUAGUUAUCGAGUGAACAAUAAACAACAAUUUAAAGAAACUCAAUCAUCAAAUUGUCAUCAACAAUUAACAAAACUUAACAAAUCGUCCAGUGGUUCAAUUAGUACUGAUACACCGACAAAUACAACAACUACAACUACUACCACUACGAAAGCAUGCGCUAAAAAGUCGUUUGUAUGGAAAUAUUUUCAUCAUCCUGAAAUCAAACAUGGUAUACCAGAUCGUAGCCGAACACAAUGUAUACUAUGCGAUAGUCAAUUAGCUUUUAAUGCAUCUGGUACAACAACAACCAUGUUAAAUCAUUUAAAAAGUCGACAUGGUGAAAUUGCUGAACAAGAAGAGACAUUACGUCGAUUCAAUCGAGAUUCGAGAAAGAAUCAACUACGUACUAAUAUGAUGUUAUCAUCUAAUGAUUGUAAAUUAUCAUCAUCUAAUGUGAACAGUAGUAAUCCAACAAUGGCAAAUAAUGAAAUAAUCAAUUCAUUUAAUGAAAAUAUACAAAUUACACGAAAUCUAUCAACAAAUCUUAUAAAUGGUAAUAAUAAAUACGGUCGUGGUACACUAUCAGUCGGUCAACGUGGACGGCCUCCAGGAUCAGGUAGAAGACAAAAAACAAUGCACUCUUCCAAAUUAAAUGAGAAUGUGGAUUUUGUAACUCAAGAUACAAUGACGAAUGGUCAUUUAAAAGUGGAAGGAAAUGCAGUUUAUCCAGUUACUAAUUAUCAAACAACAUUAUCUGAUCAACAGAAAGCUUUCUUAAAUGAAAUGUUAUUAUCAGCUGCUGCAGCAGCAUCUGGUUCGACAGUCAGUGGAACAAAAAGUGAAAAUCGACUGAAUGGAAGUUUCACCAACCAAACAUCAUCACCAUCUGCAACUUCAUCUCCGUCAUUUUUCGCAUCACCUGCAUUAAUAGGGCAAAUACCGAUAAAUGAUUCACAUCCUAUAAAUACACCUUUUACACUACUGAAUAAUAUUACCGGAUUGCCAAAUAUGCCAUUUCAAUUAUCCAUGAAUGCACCAUAUAUCAAUUGUCCAGCUGGAUUGACAACACCUUUGUCAACAACACUAGCUAUUCAUGAAUUAUCACCAUCGUCCAGUUCUGGUUUGGGCUUGAGCAAUGUAAAUAGUCCAUUUGAAACAUCGACAAAUACAGCCACUACAUUGCCUAAUACUAUCUUUAUGUCAUCACCAUCAUCCUCUUCGUCGCCUACUAAUUCUCUGGGAUAUCGUAGUAUCACAUCACCGGGUGGUUGUAGUGGUGGCGGACAAUCAAAUGCGAACACACAAAAUAAUCAUUUAUCGAAUAUGCGAAGUACACAUAAAAUUCAAGAAGCCAAUCAUUUACAUCCAAAUAAUACUCUAGUGAAUGAUCAAUCUUUGAAUUUGAUGAAUCCAUGUAAUAGUAGCAGUCAUGAAGUUACUAAUUUAUCAUUGAACAUGCAAAAUUUAACUCAGGAUAAAGAAAAAUUCGUGAAUUUGACUAGUGAAAACAAUGAGAAUAUUUUUAAUAUAACACAACUGAAUAAAACAACAAAUUCCUCUAAUAUUCCAUCAACAGGAAUGAAUACUGAUAGUGUUAAUUCAUUAUCCGUGUUAAAUUGUCCAUCAGAUAUGAUGAUGUCAGCUUUGGGAAAUUUUGUUAAUUUGAUUCCAUCUGUUAAUAAUUUGUUAAAUGAAACUACCACUAACAAUCUCAAAAAUAGUGGUAUGAAUAAUGGGACAACAAUGAAUCGACCUGAUGAAGUGAAUCAGUUAAAUCAUCUUACUAGUCAAUUACCAAAAACAAUCAUGCCGUCAGUAUCACCUCAACAACAACAACAGCAACAACAACACCAACAACAAUUACGAAUGGCAAAUGCUUGGUUAACCAGUUUAACAAAUGGGAAAUUUCCCAAUUAUCCUAAUAAUUUAAUUGAUCCAUGUGUUAUGUUCAAUUUAUUAAAUUUAAAUCCGAAUACAAUAGGAAAUGAAUUGAAUAAGUUAAACACUGGUAUUACCAAUGUUGUAACAUCAGCAGAUUCAAAUUGUUCUGAAAGUUUGAAAACUAAAACAAACACUGUUGGUUUUAAUGCAUCAAAUUUAAAUCCACUCAGUAAUGAGAAUAAUAAUAAUAAUAAUAAUAAUAAUAAUAAUAAUAAUAAUACUUUUCCAAUGAAUUGUUUAAUAAAUAAUCAAAAUAAAAGAUUUAAUGAAGAAAUUGCAAUGAAUUGGUCAAAUAUUAACAAUUCCAUGUCUGUAGAUGCAAAUAAUGCAAAACUAAGUAGUGAUGCAACAUCUCAACCAAUAACAAGUACAUUGAAUAAUUUCUCGUCACUCUUUCAAUUAAAUAACGAUAUUGGGACAUCAGUUGGGAUGAAUUUGAUCAAUCAUCAACAGAUACAAUCAAUUAAACCUUUACAAGAUGGAGGAAAAACUACUGCCUUGUCAUCAUCAUCAACGUCAUCAUCACCACCCUCAUUGUCAUUAUCAUCAGUGAAUAGUGAAGUUGGCAGUUAUCAACUGAUGUCGAAAAUUUCACCUAAUAAUAAUAAUAAUAGUAAUAAUAGUAAUAAUAUAUCUUGUUUAUUCCCUAAUUUAACUUAUCCAUCAUUGGGACAAGAGAAAUUUUCUUACGAGAAUACACUGCCUUUCAUGAUCAAUGGUAUGAAUAAAGCAAUAGAAAUGAAAAACCAAGAAAUGACUGAUAUUUCAUUGGAUUUAACAACAACAUCUACAUCUAUAAGUAAUAUUGUUGAUAAUACUGGCGUCACAAUUACUACUAGCUCGACUAAUAAUAGUAAUAAUAAUAACAAUAAUAAUAAUAAUAAUGGUUAUAUAAACGGUAAUAAUUGUGCAUACAGUUGUAGUAAUGUUGUUGAUUAUAAUUCCAACUUAACCAAAAGUAUAAAAACAAAUGAUGCUAUGAAUUUGUCAACAAAACGUAAACGUUCACGUCCUGUUUAUAUUUCACCAGAAAAUGAAUCAAAACGUGGUUCCAGUGAAUCCGACCAAUUAAUGGAUGGUGAAGACAUGAGUAUGAAACGAUAUCAUACAGAAAGAACCAGUUCACUUAUAAACAACACUGAAAACACUGAUUUAUGUAUUGAUGAUAAGAAAUCUUGUUGGGAAUUAAAGCGAAAUGCACUAGAUAUACAUGAACAAGAUAAUGAAGAAAAUGACAGUGAUGACGAUCAUAGGCCGACUGUCAAUCGGUCAUCGUCACCUACUUCACCGAUCUCGUUAACAAGAAAUACGAUUAUGCAAUCAAAACCGAAUAUUACGGUAACGCGUAAUCAAUUAUCUUAUCACGUCGCUCAAUAUUUAAUUAAAGAUAUCAAACCUCCUGAAAUAAUUGAUGGUGAAGGCUUUCGAAAACUGUUAUCAUUAUUCACAAAUCAUAAAUUACCGACUAUAAAAGAAAUUUCCGAAAUCACAUUUCCUGAAUUACAUGCUAGAAUAGAAGAUCAUUUAAAUGAAUUACUUGAUAAUAGAAUGAUGCAAGAUAAUUCAUUUAAUCCACUAGUUAGUUUUUCAAUUGAAUUAUGGAAUACAAUAAGUAAUAAUAAUAAUACUGCAUCUGAAGAUUGUAUCACUACUGAAAACAAGCAACAAUUUGCCAACAUUGGUGUUCAUUAUAUUUCUAGUCAGCCAACAAUAACACAUAAUUAUCUAUACAAAUCUAUACAAAAUCCAAAUCGAACGAAUUUACUUGAUGCGGUGGAAAAAUGCCGAGAACGUUUAUUAUCUAAACUUCAAUCUCCACUAAGUGAUGGUAUAACAGAAAUUUCAACAACAUCCUCAGAAGUGAAUACAAUGACCAUAUCAUCAUCAUCAUCGGAAACUACAUCAACGGAGAUUUCUGAUAAAAAAAUCGAUAACAAAAUAUCGGAACAAUCUCAGUCAGUACUGAAAAUUAUGCAAUGGCCAGUAACAAUUGUAACUAAUCAUGCUGAAUAUCUGAGAAACAUGAUUGAUGAAACUAAAUCAAAUAUGAUCAUAUUACCAUGUCUUGUAUCAGAAUUAUCGAAAGCUUUAUUAGUAGGACUCAAUACCGACAUAUUUCGAAAUUUAAUGAAGAACUUAUUAAAAUUGUAUCAAUGUAAAACAAUGGAAAAUAUCACAGAAUAUUCAUUUAACAGGUCUAACUUAGAUGUUAAAGAAUUACAUUGUUGUAAAGCUGUUUAUGAUUUAUUAAACUGGUAUUUAAAUAAGUAUUCAUUUGAUGAAGAUAAUAAUGAUAAUAACAAUAAUAAUAAUACUACUACUAAUAAUAAUAAUAAUAACAAUAAUAAUAAUAAUCAUGAAGGUUUCAUUAAUGGUGACGAGAUGGAUACAAAUGAAAAUUGUCUAAAUGAAAUCGAUAUGGAAACGAUAAAAGGAAUCAUUUCUGUCUUAGGUACAAUCGGACAAACAUUGGAGUUUAUUCAUAAAAAAGAUCUUAUUUUAACUGGUUCAAUGAUUGAACCAAUUCUAACAAAUUUAUGUGAUACACGUCUUGCAUAUGAUGCAUCAAAUUCAACUAUUGUUAAAGAAUUCAAGUCAACAAUUGUAUCCUAUUUAAUGAAUUCUUUUCCUAAUCAUGGUACAAUUUACGAAACAUUAUGGAUUGCUAGUUUAUUGGAUCCACGUUUCAAAAGUCAAGUACAAGAUAAAAAACCAUCAGUGAUUAAAUUGUUGAAAACCAAGGUUGAUCACACAUUCAACCAGUCUUCUACUAGUAAUGUGAAUAUGAAUACACCUACAUCGAAUUCUGAUAAUCAAUCAAAUCAAAAUCGACUGCCGUCUGAAACUACAACCGCUUCAAUCGAUUCAGCCCCCAUAUCAAACAAACAUAGUGGAUUAGAAACUGUAUUUGGUUUGAAUUAUUUUCCGCGUACCUCUCUAUCUGAAGUUGAUCGUUAUCUUCGUGAAGAGCCAAUCGGAUUAGAAGAAGAUCCUUAUCGAUGGUGGCAGAUGAAGUCGUCGAAUUAUCCAAAUUUAUCGUUAUUGGCUAUGUAUUAUUUAGCUAUAUCAUUGACAUGUAUUACACCAGAACGGCUGAAAUCAUUAGAUCACAUUGGAGCUAGUAAUCAAACUAUUCAAGAUAUUGAAUUAAAUUUAUUAACAUCAAUAUAUGGUAGUGAAAAUAGAAAACAAUUCCUUUCAACAUCAUUACUAUUAUUAGAUUUACCAAAUAUGAAUGAUGUUUUUGGUCAAGGUCGUUUGAAUAUUCAAGACGAAAAUCAAACAAUCUAUAAUUAUUUAUGGCAUAAUUGGCAUUUGACGAAAUUUGUUUAA